UACGCUCGCACUCCCUCCAGCUCUGCGACGCAACAGGCGAGAAGGAGGAAGAGCCACGGCAACUUUUUUUUAAUUAUUAUUUCCACACAACUGCAUCGAGGGCUGCGAGAAACUUCUGAGGAUGUCAAACUUGUGGGAUUUGCAGACGAGUCAGUCGGGUAUGAGAGGGAAGUGAUUUCUUUCUCCCCCCUUUCGUUAAGGAGAAAACAGGAGGGAGGACGCGCUUUUUUUCCGCCGUAUGAGACGUCAAAAAUCCGCCUCGGAUAACAAAGCAAAGCGCCUUGGAGCUGGAGCCCGAAGCCCGCGGCUUGUGAUUUAAUGUCCCCGGGUCUCUGCGGAGGGCAGCGAAGGAUGCCAGGAUGCCCUCUCUGAUCCCCCAUCUGCUUGUCAUCUGGCUGAGCGUCCACAGGCUGGCGUGGUGCACGGAGCGCUCCUCCGCACGGGAGCGCUUCAAGGUGGUCAUCGCUCCCCUCAUCUGCAAGCGGAUCUGCCUGAAGGGCCAGUGUCAGGAUACCUGCGAGCAGGGCAACAACACCACGCUGAUCGCGGAGAACGGGCAGGCGGCCGACACGCUCAUCGGGCAGGGCUUCAGGGUCGUUGUGUGUCCGCUGACGUGUAUGAAUGGAGGAGUAUGCAGCUCAAGGAAGCACUGCCUGUGCCCGCCUGGCUUCACCGGACGCCUCUGCCAGUUUCCACUCCAGCAGACGCAGCAAGCUCAGGCAGCGCGAGGCAACAAGCAGCCUGUCUACCCCACGUCUUUGAAACCCGAAGGCCUGAAACUGGGCGAGCAGUCAGGCAUCGGGCGCACCCAGCUGACGCAAACACACUCAGUCUUCUCACUGCCCCUGACACAAGUGGGGCACCACUCGUCUGAAGUGCAGAUUAAUUUACGCGUUCACCACGCGCCGGACACCUCUGUGGUCAUUCAGCCUCUCGACCAAUCAGACGUCAAGCCUCCUCACAAGACAGGGCCUCGCCCGAUCCCCUCGAGGCACAAACCGAAGGGGCGCUGUUUCCAGGAGACCACCCCCAAACAGGCUUGCAACAGCACGCCGCUUCCUGUUCUGACCAAUCAGGAGGAUUGCUGCGGCAGUGUGGGCAAUUCAUGGGGACAAAACAAGUGUUAUCAGUGCCCCAAACUACCAAAUGCAUCAGUCAAGCAGACCAUUGUGGAAGACUACGGCUCUACUUGUCCACAAGGCUAUAAAAGAUUCAACAGCACACACUGUCAAGAUAUCAACGAGUGCUCCAUGCAAGGUGUCUGUCAGAACGGAGACUGUCUGAACACGCUGGGCAGCUUCAAAUGUUCCUGCAAGGCCGGUUUGGUGUUGGACAGGAAUCGAUGUGUUGAGUCCCCGGCGGAGCAGGCUCUGUGCUUCCUGAUGGCGUCCGAGGCCAGGGGCUGCGAGCACGCGCUGCCCCCUCACCUCACCCAGGAGACGUGCUGCUGCACGGUGGGCAAAGCCUGGGGACCCAACUGUGAGAGGUGUCCUCAGGUGGGCACAGUGGCCUUCAGCAAGAUCUGCCCUGCUGGGAAAGGCUACUUUCUCCAAAAUAUAAGAGAGACCGUGGCCUUCCCUCCCAUCCUCUUCCCCCGGAAGCCUGACAAAGAGGAACCGAAGCUGCCGGAGAGGCCUCCAGAGACGACGACUGCUGCGCAGCAGGCCCCCACCAGCACCAGCAGCCCUCGUGUGCCGGUUGUUAAGCCCACCCCUCCAACUAUCAUCAGGUUGACCCCAGGCAAUGACCCCUUCGAAACACAGACAAAAGUCUUGCCAGAGACAGAUGAAUGCAGGCUGAGCAGGAACAUUUGUGGACACGGAGAGUGCGAGAACAGCCUGAACGGCCGCAUCUGUCACUGUUACCCUGGCUACCAUCUCAACCCGCAGAGGAACAUCUGUGAGGAUAAUAACGAAUGUGAGUCAGAGCCGUGCGGCCACGGCAGAGGCCUUUGCGUCAACAUAGAAGGAAGUUACAAGUGCCUCUGUCGUCAGGGCUAUAAACACAUGGUGCAGCACGGGAGGCUUAAGUGCAUCGAUGUGAAUGAGUGUUCAAAGCAAGACAUCUGCGGUGUUGGAGGCCAGUGUGUGAACCUGCCUGGUUCUUAUAAAUGUGAAUGUCACAGCGGCUUUAGGAGCAAGUCACACCGUCAUCCAGUCUGUGAAGACAUAAAUGAGUGUUUGAAUCCCGACACUUGUCCCAAUGAGCAAUGUGAGAACACACCAGGCUCCUAUGAGUGCGUCCCUUGCUUGCCUGGUCACGAGGCCCGGGCCGGCACCUGCUAUGACAUUAAUGAGUGUCAGAAGCCUGGCAUCUGUCCUAAUGGGCGCUGUGAGAACCUCCCUGGUACUUACCGCUGCCUGUGCAACGAGGGCUUCCUCCCAUCUUCAGACAGCAAAGGUUGCAGUGACAUUGAUGAGUGUGAGGACGUCAGGCUUUGCGCUAAUGGCCACUGCAUCAAUACAGAAGGCUCCUUCCAGUGCCAGUGCUACCCGGGAUACCAGCGCACACAGGAAGGCAGCCACUGCGAAGACAUCAACGAGUGUGAGAGGCCAUCAAACUGUCAGAGGGGCCGCUGUAUCAACAGCAUGGGCUCAUACCACUGCGAGUGCCAGAAGGGUUACACGUUGGUGGGAGGCAGGCGAUGCCAAGACAUAGACGAAUGUGCUGCAGACAGGAGUCUCUGCCAGCCCUAUGGCUCUUGUGAGAACAGACCGGGCUCGUAUUUGUGUGUCUGCAAUCAUGGUUUUGUCCUGUCAGAGGACAAACACAGCUGUGAGGCAGUUCGAGUGCUGACGGAGAAGAAGGAGUGCUACCUGAACCUCGACGACACUGUGUUCUGCGACAGCGUCCUGGCCACCAAUGUCACCAAGCAGGAGUGCUGCUGCUCCAUCGGGGUGGGGUGGGGAGAUCACUGUGAGAUCUACCCCUGUCCUGUCUCCCAGUCAGCCGAGUUCCACUUCCUGUGUCCAAAUGGGGUGGGCCUCUACUAUGACGAAGGACUCCUGUACAGUCUGCCUGCCUACCAUGAUAUCGAUGAGUGCUCUUUGUUUGCUGAUGAAAUCUGCAAGAAAGGUCGCUGCGAGAACACGCUGCCGGGCUACGAGUGCUACUGUCAGCGGGGUUUCUACUAUGACAGCAACCUUCUGGAGUGCAAUGACGUGAACGAAUGCCACGAUGAGUCUCUGUGUACUAACGGUCAGUGCGUCAACACCGAAGGAUCCUUCUACUGCAACUGUAACCGGCCCUGGACUCCAGACUCCAACAAAAAGAAGUGUGUGAUGGCAACAAUAGCAGAUGUGAAUGAGUGUGAGGACCCAGCCAACUGUAAGAAUGGCCACUGUGUGGACACUCCAGGGUCAUACUACUGCAUCUGCUCUCCACCCUGGACCCUGGCCACCGACCGUAACAGUUGUGUGACUCCUGAGGAGCAGGCCGAUGUGAAUGAGUGCCAGGACCCCUCGUACUGUAAGAAUGGGAGGUGUGAGAACACGCCCGGCUCCUUUCACUGUUUUUGCGACCCUCCCCUCACCUUCAGUGCAGCGCUGAAACAGUGCGUCUAUGACGAUCGCACGGCAGCCCACAAGGACGUGUGCUUUCUGCAGGUUGACGAGGGCUUGAUCUGCAGCGAGCCCAGGAACGGCAUGGUGGUGACCUACUCAGAGUGCUGCUGUCACUACGGACGUGGCUGGGGGCCCGAGUGUAACACCUGUCCACCCAGAAACUCAGAGAUGUUCAGCCGGCUGUGUGAGAUGCACCUGGAGACCGAGUCUGAUGGUGAGCAGGAUUUCCUGGCAGCUUUCGCCAACUACAACCCAGGUGACAGUUCAGAGGAGGAUUCAGAUGAAUGCAGCUGUGCAAAUGGCCGCUGUGUCCGCUCCUACCUGGGUACCAUGUGUGAAUGUAACACAGGCUUCAGGCUGGACCACUCCCGCACCCGCUGUAUAGACAUCGACGAGUGUGCAGAACCAGGAGCUCGUGUCAGUCCAUGCAAAAACGCCCGCUGCGUGAACACUGCCGGCUCAUACAAGUGCUUCUGCAAACAUGGCUUUGCGGCCACGCGCAGGCCAAACAUAUGUGUCCGCCGCAGAGCUCGGUAACCUCUGUGUGUCGCUCUGUUUGUCCCAUCAACAGCAACACGCACCGACGCCCUGCACAUGCUGUACAUACACUUCUGUCGCACAGUAUCAGCAGGGGACUGUGUGCCUGAACCUAAAAACAUGAGAUCUCAUCAGGAGCCACAUCAUAGCUCAAUGGCUCUUAUGAAAUGUACAAAACAUAUCAUCGUCAGCUCCUCUUUCACUUUCCAACUCACAUUUUAAAGAAAUAAUCAAUACAGACAAGAAAUAUGUUUGUUUGUUAAACACUUUUGUAAUUAUUGUUUUUUAAAGCUGCUUUUUUUGUUAAGUUUAAAUUGUGCAUUUUUAAAAAUCUUUUCCAUUUAUCUCCCUGUCAAACUGAUAUUUCGUUCUUAAUCUGAGUCUCUGAUUCUCGAGCCACCUCUUGUUUUAUUAAGGAAAUAUGAUUCAAAGAUCUAUCUGCUAUUCUUGUUAUCUACUUCAGCCCAUUCAAUAUUUUACAUGUUAAGGUAUUCCCCUUUACAUUCCCAUUUUAGUCCACAAACUUUCAUGUUCAAUUCUAAAUUGACAUUAUCUGAAUUGUGUUUUUGAACCACACAUUGUUGAUUUUGUGUUAUUGUACAGUUUGUGUGAUGGAUCAGCAGUUUCCGAAGAAUGGUCCCUGUCCGAACCCUGUUUAUUUGUUGAUGUAAAAUAUGAGAAACCUGAAGUUUUUGUAUAAUUUGACAUGUGCACCUCAGUGGAGUGUAAGCUAGAAAAAAAAGGGUCAUGCACUUAGCAGUGGAUGUAGUGGGAAUAUUUGCUACAUUUAGCUUAUUCCGACAAACCAGGAAGGUUUGACAUCUGUUGUCAAGAUUGCUGCAAGUAUUUAGAAAACCAAAGACGCCGUUGAGAUAAGAAUUUAAUUAAAAAAAGAAGAUGUCAACCAGUCAUGCAUUUGUUUUUCUUGUUUUGUUCACACAUAUGAAAACAUGACAUAUGAAAAUAUGUCAUGUAAACAGGUCAGACAGACAAAUUCGGAGGCCAUAUGCAGUCAGUUUGAGCGGUACGGGGGACUGCACUGUGGAUGAUUCAGUAUUGCCUUGCAAGCACGCCUAGAAAGCAAAUAAACCAGUGCAUGCGGGGUCUCCAUCGGUCUUCCCUUAGCUUUACUUCUGUACUCGUCUGCUUGUUGCUUCAAUGUACAAAUCUGUAACAUUCAUAAAUCCAAUUAAUUUCACAUAUGUUUGCUGUUUGCAUGCUGUUUUGAUAAAACAUUCACCAUAUAUUGCUGAAAGUGAGUAAAAUGAGAGUAGAUUUGCUGUUCUUUCAGUGCUGCUAAUUGUUACUUCCUGGAGAUGUUUGUGCUACUGGCAGCUUCCAUUGAUUAUGAUGAGUCGUCCAAGAGAGGUGAAGUUGUCUUUUUUUGUUCCCAGAUAACCCCAUCGGAGUUUAUGUUCAUAUCUUAAUCCCAAGCCCCUCAAAAAUUCCCUGCCAGGAGAUUUGGCAAUGGGCAACAGAUCCAUAAUGUCUGAGGCUGUUUCCUGAAAAGAACUAUGGAAUUGGUCAGGAAUGACAGCUUAAUGACCCAGAGCCAGUAUUUAAUUGGCAAACUUUCACUUAAUUCUGAUUAAUUGCAAAUGUAAACCAGAAGGUUUUUCAGUCAGUGAAGCAAACCAGUGAACACAUAAAACAUAGUAUAACCAUUAAAAGUAUUUUCAACAUAUACUGAAUGCGGAGUAACGUUUUAUAUAAUAAAUGAACAAGGAAUGAUUGACUUUGUUUUAAUGGAGCAGCUCUUUAACAUCCAAAAGACACCAGAACCAAACGAACAGUGGUAGUAAGUGAUGGAAAAAUAAAAAAUAACAACAAAAAAAAGCAAUAAAGAAGCUGUAAACAUGUUUUCUUGCUUUCUCCAGUGCAAGUUCACUGACCUCGACAGAAGAAGUGAAGGGGAAAGUGAAGGGCAUGCUUAUAAGCUGAACUCUGAGUAGUGCGACUGCAUUGAGACAUGAGGACGAGAGGAAGACCUCAGUGUCGGUUGGUCAACUUGGAGCAAAACGCCAUCGGGGUGGUGGAUAUGGGCCAAUGGACCACAAGCCCACAGAUGACAUCAGCUGCCUGAGGAACAGCACCAUCUUGUGGCUUCUUUGUGUUAAGAUAACUCCUGCCAGAAGUUCAGAUGUGUGCCCAAAUCCUGUUGAUCAGUGACCACUGCUGAGUUUCCACACUGUGUGUGAACACAUCACACUGUCCAGACUGCAGAGUUCCCACAAAUGAAAUUAGUUUGUGGUGGUUGAUUCCUGCACAGGGAGGGUCAUGUGCUGGUGGAGCACUGCAUUCACACUCAAAAUGUCACACUGACUUCCACUUACUUUACCUUUAACCUGAAUAUUUGGAAUUUGUCCUCUUCUACUGCCACUGUUGUCAUUUUAUUCAUCCUGUUAAUGCUGUUAUCCAGCCAUAUAUGUAUGUCCAACAUGUUUACAAUGAAAUGAUUGAAUGAAUUAAUUCUUUUGCUCUUUUGCAUUUUAUUUUAUACUGUAUUUCCUUAUUGCUGUAAAAUAGAAAUGUUUACUUUUAGCAGUGUUUCUUUACUGGCUUGACCAGAAGUUCAUUGAUAUGAACCCGAUUUCAAUUCUGUCUUUCCCUCGGUGGAAAAAACACAUAAAAGCAUUUUCAGAUAAAUUUGUUGGCUGAAUGUUUUUAUCUUGAUUUUGUCUAAAUAACUUCUGUUUUCUGAAAUUGUGUUGUUGGCUG